AUGGCGGUGUGCGCUCGCCUCUGCGGCGUGGGCCCGUCGCGGGGAUGCCGGCGCCGCCAGCAGCGCCGGGGCCCGGCCGAGACCGCGGCGGCCGACAGCGAACCGGACACGGACCCCGAGGAGGAGCGCAUCGAGGCGGGGGCGGCGGCGCUGUCCGGGGCCGGGGGCGGCCGGAGCGCGGGCCCCUCGUCGCCCCCGCGAUGCUCGCUUCUGGAACUGCCGCCCGAGCUGCUGGUGGAGAUCUUCGCGUCGCUGCCCGGCACCGACCUGCCCAGCCUGGCCCAGGUCUGCACCAAGUUCCGACGCAUCCUGCACACUGACACCAUCUGGAGGCGGCGCUGCCGGGAGGAGUACGGCGUUUGUGAGAACUUGCGGAAGCUGGAGAUCACGGGCGUGUCUUGUCGAGACGUCUAUGCCAAGCGUAUAAACCCGCGCGUGAAGUCGGGACGUUUCAUGAGAAUUCUGCCCGAUUACGAGCACAUGGAGUACAGAGACGUGUACACCUGCCUGCUUCACCGAUACAGACACAUCCUGGGCUUGUGGCAGCCGGAUAUUGGGCCGUAUGGAGGACUGCUGAACGUGGUGGUGGACGGCUUGUUCAUCAUUGGCUGGAUGUACCUGCCUCCCCACGACCCUCACGUGGACGACCCGAUGCGGUUCAAGCCCCUGUUCCGAAUCCACCUGAUGGAGAGGAAGUCGGCCACGGUGGAGUGCAUGUACGGCCACAGAGGGCCCCACAACGGCCACGUCCAGAUCGUGAAGAAGGACGAGUUCUCCACCAAGUGCAACCAGACGGACCACCACAGGAUGUCUGGCGGGCGGCAGGAGGAAUUCCGCACGUGGCUAAGGGAGGAGUGGGGCCGGACGCUGGAGGACAUUUUCCACGAGCACAUGCAGGAGCUCAUCCUGAUGAAGUUCAUCUACACCAGUCAGUACGACAACUGCCUGACCUAUCGCCGCAUCUACCUCCCGCCCAGCCGCCCGGAUGACCUCAUCAGGCCGGGCCUCUUCAAGGGCACCUAUGGCAGCCACGGCCUGGAGAUCGUCAUGCUCAGCUUCCAUGGGAAGCAUGCCAGGGGCACGAAGAUCACGGGCGACCCCAACAUCCCUGCCGGGCAGCAGACGGUAGAGAUUGACCUCAGGCACCGCAUCCAGCUGCCUGAUGGUGAGAGCCUGCGCGACUUCAACGAGCUCUCCCGCGUUGUCCUGGAGGUGCGUGAGCAGGUGCGCCAGGAGCAGGAGCAGGAAGGCGGGCCUGAGGAUGUCGAGGGCCUUGGCCAGCAGAGCCCCCAGCGCUGUGAGGAGCCUCCCGCCGAGCCGGCCCAGGCGCCUGGGGACAGAGGGGCUGCGGCCGCAGCUGAGCCACUUGCCCAGUCAGGGCAGGGGCAGCCGUUCGUGCUGCCAGUGGGCGUGAGCUCGAGGAAUGAGGACUAUCCCCGGACCUGCAGGAUGUGUUUCUACGGCACCGGUCUCAUCGCCGGCCACGGCUUCACCAGCCCUGAGCGCACCCCUGGAGUCUUUGUCUUAUUCGACGAGGACCGCUUCGGGUUCAUCUGGCUGGAGCUGAAGUCCUUCAGUCUCUACAGCAGGGUCCAGGCCGCCUUCCGGAACGCAGACGCCCCGUCCCCGCAGGCCUUUGAGGAGAUGCUCAAGAACAUCCAGUCCCUCACCUCCUGA